AUGUUGUUGCUCGACGAGGUGUAUCUGAGGUUUCCUAAUACCGUUCUGGAAUAUCUCAACCAGCGAGCUGAGGAAGAGGCCGGUGUCGAGGGGCAUGAGGCUCAAGAUGCUUGGGAACCGGCACAAAAUCCCCAGGGACCGCCAAUGCAGGUGGGUGAAACGGGCGAGCGCCCUCAAGUACAUGUUGGUGAGCACCAGUCCCCCAAGACUCGGGAGGUGGCGAGACAGUCCCCCCGGGUCUCGACAGGAGGGGUGGAUCUUAGUGACGUGGCUCGGGUCUCGGAACCAAUGGUGGAAUUAGAGAUCUCCGUUGAGGAGUUGCUGGAAGAGGUGGAGCGGCGUCAAAGCGAUACCAGCGCUCGUGCUCGGCUGGCUGUGAACAUGAAUUACCAUCCCUCUGGCGAGUUGGUGGCUCACUUUGAUCGGGAGAUAGCCCGACUGCAGGGGGAUCUGAAUGCCGAGAGGGAGCAGGCGUGCGAGCUUCAGAGUGCAGUGGACCGAGGCCAGAUGGAGUACGAGGAUAUGAGGCGAGUAAUUGAUGAAGGGAUCGCAAGGAGGAUGGAGCUGGAGCGAUCACUUGCCAUGGAGGAGGCUCAUCUUCAAGAGGCCGAGGGUGCUAUCGCUCCACUGAGGGCUAGGGUCGGUGAGGCUGAGGAGGGCCUGCAAGAGUUGGAGAGGCAAGCCCAGGAACGCGAUGCCGAGUUGGAGCUUCGGGUUGCUGCCUUGGAGAGUUUGGCUCCCUAUCCCGAUCGCGUGGUGGAGUUGGAGGGGCAGGUUGGUAAUCUACAAAGGAAGGUUGACCAUUUGCGAGACGUUGAGCUCGAGGCGGGUGAGAGGGAGGCAGAGAUGGAGCGACUGAGGAAGGAGUUAGCUGAGCAGCAGUCUUGGGGCCAGUAG